AGCCUGACUUAAAUGCGCUGCAGCAUCCAGCAGGUUCUGUCUCUCUGCACCCAGUCCUGGAUUGCCUGCUCUCGCUCGCUUUCCCCCUCUCUCUCUCUUUCUCUCACAUGCUAAAUACACCAAUCUCUACGUCAAAGGUGGCUCAGUGUGUUUCUGUUUGAGCACAGAAUCGCCCCAUAAUCCUCUCUCUGUCUUUCUCUCUCUCCCUCUCUCUCUCUCUCCCCCCAUCUGUACUGCUCUAUUUACUCACAAACACACACACAUUACCACAGAGAGCUGUCCCUACUUUUUGUCUCUCUGCUCCAUCUCAGCCUCCAUACACAGCAUCCAGGAUGGAUGUACUAAUGAAGGGAUUUUCCAUGGCCAAAGAGGGAAUGGUGGCUGCCGCAGAGAAGACUAAAGCUGGCGUCGAAGAAGCAGCUCUCAAGACCAAAGAGGGCGUCAUGUAUGUAGGUAAUAAGACAAAGGAGGGUGUUGUAUCAGGUGUCAACACAGUGACACAGAGGACUACAGAGCAGGCAAACAUAGUUGGCGAUGCAGCAGUGGCGAAUGCUAAUGAUUUGGGACAGAAGACUGUGGAGGGAGUGGAGAACGUGGCCGCAUCAACCGGCUUGGUGAAUCCAGAUGAACCUGUAUAUGAGGCAGACUUCUCCCAGGGCGGGAUGGAGGGUGGAGACGGUGGCCAGGGAUAUUAGGCCUGGAGUCAGAAACAACGCCCUUUCCAUUCUCAGACACGCAACCCGUCAGAUUCCUCCCUCCUGUCCUCUCAUCCCAGCAACACUUCCCACACCUCUGAGAUUUCUUUUUGUGACAGUAUGGAAAACCAGAACAGAACAUGUCUUUCCUGGGCUCCCGUUUGCUCUGUAUAAUGCUCUCGUUCCCUCAAAGCUCCAGUGUUGGUGUCGUCAUGCUGUUUUCCUGGUGUUGUCACCCUGAAUCCAGUUACAGAUUUCAUACACAAGCAAUGUUGCGUUAAAUGGCAAAUAUGAAGAGGAGAUCAUGCUUGGCUAUGUGUAGUUGUGUGAAAAUUAUUGUGGUGCGUUUUGACUCCCAAAAAAUGUGAUUUAACCUUCAUCUAGGCCUUCAUCUAAAUGAACAAACAUCACAAUUGACAGUCUCAUAUCUUUCUUACAAGCAGUUGAAACAAAUAAGGUCAGUGAUGUGAACCUGUAGGAGAAUGAUCACAUGUGAGUGAAAGAUGGGUGAUGUUUUGCAAGACAUUUUCAAGACCUCCAUUAGAGCAUGUAAUAAUCAUUGUUGCGUCCUUGUAAUUCAUGAGCGCAGUCAUAUUUGGAGUUGUUUUGUCUUUAAGUUGCUGUGUGAGGUGUGUACACUCAGAUACAUUACAUUCCUUUAGCUCAGACUGAGUGACAGAUUCGGUGUGUGCUUGAUCACUAAUAGCAGAUUUAUUGUAUAGAGAAUUCUAUAAAGAAAUAAAGGGAUAUUUAUCCACAUUUCAAUACAACGCUAUUUUGAUUAGUCUUUAUGUAGCACUGGCAGACUUGUAUCUAUUCCUUCGCUUGUCUUUGUACAUUUGUGAAAAGGCAGAAAUCGAGAUGUGAGUAUUGAUAUUUAUUUAAAAGAAGCAGUGUGUGUCUGAAAAAAAAAUGAUGCGAGCUGGAGGGAAAAUAGAAAACAAAAAAAAACAACAACAAAAAAACAUCUCAUUCGGUUAAAUUUUUAUUUUCCUGCAGCGCAUGUUGUGAAUUCGGUGUGUCAGCAUAGCAGAGAUUUCUAAUGCCUGUGACGUGAAGCAAUAGUUCUACCACUGCAGAGUUUGUCAGUGGUUUGUUCUGUAGCAUUUUGCAGUGAUGAUGUUUUAGCACUGUGUUUUAUUAACUGAAUGCCAAGAUGUGUCGAUAUUUGAUGAUAUUUGAUUUAUCAAUCUCUGUUUAUUCCCUCUCCAACUGAAAUCCCUCAGACAGUGUGUCCCAGCUCAGUCUAUGUACGCUUAUGUUGGCUUUUAGCAGGGAAAAUGUUUCGAAUAUCGCCGUGUGUUCUUUGUUUGAAGCCACUGGAACCUGAAGACUGCAUGUUGCCUUAUCAGCAAUCUAAUCAUCACACAUGUGCAAACAAAUUCUGAUGUUUUUCCUCACACUCAUUUCCUAAAAUUACACAAAAUCACACACAGACCCACAUGUACACACACACACAGACACACACACACACACACACACACACACACACACACACACACACACACACACACACACACACACACACACACACACACACACACACACACACACACACACACACACACAGACUGUACACUCACUUUCCAACCUGAUUAAGUUGGCAUCAAAGCAGAAAAGCUGAUUUUAUAGAGAGUAUAAAUGAAAUUAAAAACUGAAAUAAAGUUUUGUUGAAAUCUA